AUGGACAUGGCAACUUCAUCCUCUUCAAGCGACGCUAAGUCCUUCUCGGGACGCACGCCUGCUAGAAUGCCCAGUAUUAACAUGGAGAAAGGCAGUAGCUCAAAGAACAAGCAGCGACCGCAACCGCAACCGCAGCAGCGUCACCAGCAGUCCCAGACUGCAGCAGGCCUCCAAUUUGAUAUGCUAGCCUGGUACCCGAAAUACCAGUCCUGCCAAAGAUAUUUUGUUGACCACGCCCAGCAUGAUUUUCUCGUCCAAGCAUUUGCGGCAUUCAUCAAUAUUCUAUUGCCUUAUCAGCGUCAACCUCCCAUCUACACCUGCCGAGGCGCACGAUCGGCUAAGGAAAGGUUGGACGAAAUCAGCUCCCUAAAACUGGGAACUACUCCUCGCGAGAUCGCGGAUGUGUCAGUCUCUCUAAUCCCAUACAUUCGACGUCUGAUCAUGCACGGCUUUUUUGGGAACGACUGGCAACAAGGUGUUGGACCACAACGGGAGACCGAACGACGUAACUACCUGUUUUCUGCUAAAAGUGGUGGCUGGGCAAACGUCAAAAGGGAUUAUGAUAUGCUACCUCUAGAGACGGUGCCCUUUUUGAGACCUCUGACGAUGCCUCAUGAUGAAGAACUCCAACAAGCUGACAAAUCAUGGAGUGAAUGGCUAGCCAUGGAGGAUUGGAUGGUGGGAUCGAGAUCACCCGACCACUAUCCCGACAACGCCGAGUGA